UUGUUCUGCAAAGAAAUCCAAAAUCUGUAUUUAUAUGUCUAUGUAUCUGUGUUUUCCUUACUUAUUUUAUAUUCUGAUAAAACUCUACUGUAUUCUAUUAAGCGUCUUCAGAACAUGCUCCUACUUCAUGUAUGCAAAUGAUCCUGACGAACUGUUUCAUAUGCAAAUUAGUCUAUGACAAUAUCAGAGCUUCCAUUGGCUAAAGUUUCCCUUAAAAGAAUUGGCAACACAGUAGAGGGAUUUUCCUAUCUGGCAACCACAGCAUAGCGCUGCAGGGGGCGGGGCCGUGUUGAUGUCUUGCAGCUGAAAUCGAAGUGGAUUUAAAAAAAAUGUUAAAAAAAUAUAUUUUUUUAAAUGAAAUAAAACCAAAGACCUGUUAAAACUCACGUAUAUCUGUUUACUGUGAAGAGCAUUUUCAAGGUCAUAUCCGCUGACCACACGGCUCCGCUUGUAAAGGCACCAUGGGAAACACGAGCAGCGAGAGGUCAGGAGUGGGGCAGGGUGAGAAAGCCAACCGCAGGGACAGCCGUGGCGCUAAAGAGGGGGACCGACCUAAAAUCCUCAUGGACAGCCCUGAGGACGCAGACAUUUUCCACGGAGAGGAUAUUAAGGCACCCUUAGAGAAAGAGGAAUUUUUAGCCUGGAGGCAGGACCUCGAGUCCAGUGAUAAGGCGCUCUUGGCACGACCCACGGUGUUUCGUUGGACAGGUGCUGGAAAAGAAGUCUAUCUCUCUGGAUCCUUCGACAACUGGGCAAAUAAAAUUCCUCUGACCAGGAGUCAGAACAAUUUUGUCGCGAUCGUGGACUUGCCUGAAGGUGAACAUCAGUACAAGUUCUACGUGGACGGACAGUGGACUCACGACCCAUCUGAGCCCCUAGUGACCAAUCAGCUGGGGACGAUCAACAACAUCAUCCAGGUGAAGAAAACCGAUUUUGAGGUGUUCGAUGCUCUCAUGGUGGACUCGCAGAAAUGCUCGGAUAUGUCAGAUCUCUCAAGCUCUCCUCCUGGGCCAUACCAUCAGGAUGCUUACGUACCCAAACAGGACGAGAAGUUCAAGUCUCCACCCAUCCUCCCUCCUCACCUGCUGCAGGUCAUCCUCAACAAGGACACGGGCAUCUCAUGUGACCCUGCAUUACUCCCUGAGCCCAAUCAUGUGAUGUUGAACCACCUCUACGCGCUGUCCAUUAAGGAUGGAGUAAUGGUUCUUAGCGGCACACAUCGCUAUAAGAAGAAGUACGUCACCACCCUGCUGUAUAAACCCAUCUGACACCAGCGACAACUCUUUCUGCUCGUGAACUCUACCACAUCUGCCAAGUUUCUAUCCACUCCACUACUGAGAACUAGUGUCUAGUGUAGGUGUACUCUCCUGUCUUCGUUUUUUUUUUUUUUUUUUUUAAUAUAAUUUAUUUAUUUUAUUAAUAUGUGGCACUGGUUGCCAAGAGCUAACUGCUUAGAUGCUGUCAAUGGAAUGCAUAAAUUAAAACAUCCAGCUUGGUAUGAAAAGAACAAUAACAGACAGAUGGGAUGGUAGAGACCAAAAAUGUAUGUAGAUAUUUCAAGUAACAUAAGUAAGGAUUAAACACUUGGAUGCGUGCUGUGCGAUGCGAGUUACUAUUAGCACCCUGAAGUUGAUUAUUUUCCAAUAACGGGACUUCUUAAAGUGUUCUAUUCCUCUUAUAUCAUAGCGAUUACAAUUUUUAAUUUAUUAAUAAAUGACACAUGCGGGUGCAUGGUGGAUUAGUGGUUAGCACAUUUGCCUCACACCUCCAGGGUCGGGGGUUCGAUUCCCACCAUGGCCCUGUGUGUGUGGAGUUUGCAUGUUCUCCCCGUGCUGCGGGGGUUUCCUCCGGGUACUCCGGUUUCCUCCCCCAGUCCAAAGACAUGCAUGGUAGGCUGAUUGGCACGUCUAAAGUGUCCGUAGUGCCCUGUGAUGGAUUUGAACCCUGUCCAGGGUGUAUCCCGCCUUGUGCCCGAUGCUCCCUGGGAUAGGCUCCAGGUUCCCCGUGACCCUGAAAAAGAUAAGCGGUAUAGAAGAUGGAUGGAUGGACACAUCAUGCUUUUUAUCCGUUUAUAGUUACAUUUAACGUUGUGGAACGUUAAAAAAAACACAACGCGUGAAGUCCUCAAUCCUGAAAAAGUCGCAACAUAACCUCUGACUGUUACAAAGUGCUGACACUGGGUACUCUUUUCAUAAAUGGUACAGUUACAGAAAUCUUUACCAUAUCACUUUUUUUUUUUUUCUUUCCAUUUUUAUUUAAUUAUGUGUAGCAUCCACCGUACAAGUGUGCAUUAGAACAAGCGUGUUAAUAUAAACCUGUGAUUUGCAGUCAGAGCUGCUUUUAUAGAUAAUUCAUCAACAACUUCUGACUAAUCCAGACUUCAACAGCGCUGUGGUGUAAUGUCAAAUAUCAGUACCAGAUAAAGGCAACUGAAUCAGUGCUCAAGGUUGGGAUAUAUUUGUUGAGAAUGUUUGUAAAAUGGGGGGGAGGGGUAAAAAGUUUAAAAUGUGAGACUUGUUGCAUUUUUAAAAAAACGUCAUCUACAAGAGUAUAUUACUUAAAUCACUGAAUGCAGGUUGUGUGUGCCAAAAAAAUGGACCAACUUGUAGCUAUAUAACUUGUACAUUUUAAUUUUAUCAUUCAGAUAUUAAAAGCAUUUUGUAGUUUAUAUUGUUAGGGAAAUACAUACAUAAUACCUUUUUGUUCUUUCUCUUCCUGAUACGAGGCAUGAUUUAUUUUGUAUUUUUAUAUGUUUCUCUUGGAAUACCUGACUAAUUAUCUGCAAUAGAAUGUCCUCAAUUGAUUAUUUUGUGCAGCAUGGUUGUGGGAAAUUUAAUGAAUACUCUCAACAGAGAGAAUUGAAACCAUUUGUCAAUAAACCUUCUUUUUUUAACACCCUUAGAUUUCUCUGUUUGUUCUGUGAGUAAUAAAUGACCAGAGUGACUAAACGUAUAUUCGUAAUGAGCAAGCAGGUGGUGACCGUGGUGAGGAAAAACUCCUAUAAGGAAGACAACUUGACGGGAACCGGAUUUUAAAAAAGUGAAUCCGUCUUUUUCUUGGUGAUACCAGACAGAGGGAAUAUAAGUUAUCAUAGUAUGCAGGUGUAGAAGAGUCAAGACUGACAGUACUGUGUGGUGAAAGGAUGAUCAUUAAGAACAAAUUGUGUGAAUAAGAGUCCUGGGAUGAGCAUAGGACAGACUUUAGGAUUACAGCAGCAGAUCUCGGGUACAAGCCUACAGUAUCCAGGUGAGAUUAUCCACUGAAGCAAGGUUGAGACUUUGAAUAUAAACUGUGCAAUCAACAAAGAAAAUCAAACCCAUUCAUUAUCCUCAUUCUCAGACUUAGUGAAAGUGAUUAUCACAGCAAGCAUGGCAUGUGAUUAUUCAGAAUGAAAAUGUUUAAUGGGAGACAUUUAAAAUACAUUUAAGACCAUACUUGGAAUAUUCACUCAGGAUGGAAGAUUAAACCAUGAUAUCUGCCCUCUGGUGCUGUAGCAGUUGGUAGAAAGAUAGGGUUGCAAAUGUUGCUGUGAACUUCAAAGGUCCAAAAAAAGGAUGUUGGUGUGAGUGAGCUCACCUGUAACAUCUGUAUUCCUUACAGUGCCAGGUCAGACCUCACUCUCAAAUCUCUGGUGGCUUCAGAGGAAGGAGCUUACUUAAAGGGAUUUAUCCUCCAGUUUGCAUGUUAUGUAUCUCUCAUUGUUCUGGAAGUUGUUACCCAUUGGUGAGUGGAAAACCAUGUAU